AUGAUUUGAGAUGGCAAAAAGAGCAUGCCGAUGCUCUCCGUCCAGCCCAAAGGGAAGCAGAAGGGCUGUGCAGGCUGUAACCGCAAGAUCAAGGACCGCUACCUGCUGAAGGCGCUGGACAAGUACUGGCACGAAGACUGUCUCAAAUGUGCCUGCUGUGACUGCCGCCUGGGCGAAGUGGGCUCCACCCUCUACACCAAGGCUAACCUCAUCCUGUGCCGGCGUGACUACCUAAGGCUUUUCGGCACCACUGGAAACUGCGCUGCCUGCAGCAAGCUGAUCCCAGCCUUUGAGAUGGUGAUGCGGGCCCGGGACAACGUGUAUCACCUCGACUGCUUUGCCUGCCAACUCUGCAACCAGAGGUUUUGUGUGGGAGACAAAUUCUUCCUGAAGAACAAUAUGAUCUUGUGUCAGAUGGACUAUGAGGAGGGCCAACUCAAUGGUACCUUUGAGUCCCAGGUUCAGUAA